AUGUCAGCCAGAAAGGGCUAUCUUCAUCCUCCGUCAAAUUACACCACAACGAUGACAUGCCCCAACAACCAGACUGGAAAUUCGUUCUUUGUGGACUCUUUAAUCAACGUGAGAACCGACAGUGGUUCAUAUUACCAAAGUAACGGCGUGUAUUUGCCACCGGCGUCGGAAUACUCAUAUGGACUCUCCGGUGGAUCGUGUUUCCCGGGGAUCGGCAAGCGUAAUAACGAGCCAGUCACCCAAAGCGUGAUCCCGUCCGCUGCUCCGUAUGUUCAAGGGAUGGAAACGUGGCUGGAAGCGUCGAGAUCGUGCAGGGUGGAUCAGCCCAGCAGUGGCCAGCAUAUGCCUCAGUGCUCCUUCUCCCCGAGCAUAAAGGAGGAGAGCGCGUAUUGCCUCUACGAGUCUGACAAAUGUCCUAAAGGAGCACCGGUAGAUGACAUUUCCUACUCAAGCGCAUCAUGCCCGGUCACAGGCAGUACCUUACCGGUCCCGGGCUACUUCCGCUUGUCUCAGACUUACACGUCCUCCAGCAGGCUGUACCAAGAUGUCCAGCCAAACAUGAACCACUUCAGCCUGCAGAGACCUGCGCGCUCGGACAGCCAGCCCUCCCAGCCUGCCUCUGCUGAGCCGGAGCGGAGGGAGAGCCACGAGGAGGCGCCUGUUCCUGCACCCUGCGUUCCGGCCGGAGAGGAGGACAGCCGGCUCUCCUCAGAUAGCUCGUCCUCUCAUGAGCCUGCUGAGACCUGUAUGGCGGAGUGUCCAGAGAAGCCCGUCAAAGGAGAUGGGAAAAUUGAGAGCACGGCCAACUGGCUCACAGCAAAGAGUGGCCGGAAGAAGCGUUGCCCUUACACCAAGCACCAGACCUUGGAGCUGGAGAAGGAGUUCCUCUUCAACAUGUACUUGACUAGAGAGCGGCGUCUGGAGAUCAGCCGCAGUGUGCACCUCACUGACAGGCAAGUCAAAAUCUGGUUCCAAAACAGGAGGAUGAAACUGAAAAAAAUGAGCCGGGAGAACAGGAUCCGAGAGCUCUCCAGCAACUUCAGUUUCUCAUGAGACUGUCUCUCUCUGCGUCUUUGGCGCCCUCCUCCAUCCAUGGCAAGGGCGCCUGUGCAGAGCCCCCCAACCCAACUGUGAGAAUGUCCAUGGAAAAAUAGGACCCUACUGCUAACUUAUUGAUUGUUGCUCUUUCUUGUUUCCAUGUCUGUAUUUAUAAAUGGCUCCAUUUGUAUCGUUGAUCCGUUGUGUUUGAAAUGUUCAGACUGUGACUACAAUGUUUCAAAGCUUCAGGCGUGUUCAUUUUGUAGAUUCACCCUGAGGGAACCAUUGGACUUUGCAUGCUGGACUCACCCUUGGGAUACUUGUGCUACAGUUACAUGAAGGCCUUCAUGUGACAGCUAAAAAAAGGGAAAAACCUGAGA